GACGUUAGCUACUACUUCCUUACAAACUGGUUUCUGUGGGAUACUUGUUGUUUAUGCUUAUCUGCGUGAAAGUUUGUGUCCUGUAGGAUGUACACGCUGCUCUCGGGUCUGUACAAGUACAUGUUCCAGAAGGAUGAGUAUUGCAUCCUGAUCCUCGGGCUGGACAACGCAGGAAAAACGACUUUCCUGGAACAAACCAAGACUAAAUUUAGUAAAAAUUACAAAGGCAUGAGCUUGUCCAAGAUCACUACCACAGUGGGUUUAAACAUUGGCACUAUAGAUAUGGGGAAAGCCCGUCUGAUGUUCUGGGAUCUUGGAGGUCAGGAGGAGUUACAGUCGCUGUGGGAUAAAUAUUAUGCAGAAUCGCAUGGAGUGAUAUAUGUCAUUGAUUCUACAGAUGAAGAACGUCUUUCUGAAUCAAAGAAUGCCUUUGAAAAGAUGAUCAGCAGUGAGGCAUUGGAAGGUGUACCUCUUCUUGUACUCGCAAACAAACAAGAUGUUGAGAACUGUUUAUCUGUACCAGACAUCAAAACAGCCUUUAGUGACUGUGCCCCAAAGAUUGGCAAACGUGAUUGCCUUGUUCAGCCUUGCACUGCUCUCACGGGCCAGGGGGUGAACGAAGGGAUAGAGUGGAUGUUGAAGUGUGUUGUUAGAAACAUUCACCGUCCUCCCCGACAGAAGGACAUUACAUAGGACCACCUUUUCCUCUUAAGUACCCACAACUUCUGUCUUCAGUCUUUUCUAUUGCUGUUUACCACACAAGACGAAAUGUUCUCCACCUGCAUCCCAGAGCUGAACUGUCUUACUUUCCUCUUGUGUGAGCAAUAUCGUGGGCUGAAAGACACAUCCCACAUUCAAGACACGGCACCAUUUUUCCAUAAGUAUAUUUUAUUUAACUGUCAACUGCGUGUUUUGUCCAUUGUGCAAUCUAGUUAUAUACAAAUGCAAAACUGGUAACCAUUGUCAUUCUCAGUAAUUUGGUAUUUGUAUUUGAUCAUUCAGAAUUUUUACUAGCUGUGAAUGUAUCUCAGAAGCUGCUAAAGUAAUAUGUGUGAGAUUGUUUUAUACAGUUCUUUGCAAUACUUCUGUGAAAUACCUGUUAAAAACUGACUGCCAUGGCACCAACAAUAUAAACGACACUCCUGAAAACAACACCUCAGGUGACAUACUGUC